UUUUCAGUUUAAAUCAGAUCGUGUGAAGUAAAAUUUCAAAGUGAAAGUAGACAGAAUGCAGAAUCAUAAAUGGCGAAGCUAUUUAUUAACGUGAAAUUCAGUUCUUCGUCGUCGUGUCCGUUAGAAAUAAGCACAGAUUCGUCAAUCAGAGAACUGAAAAGCUUGAUUAGUGGUAAGACGGGGAUACCAGUGGCAGAUGUAAACCUGAUAUUUGCGGGGAAGUUGCUUCAGAACGGGCAGUUAGUCAGCGAGCUGGGUCUCGGAAACCACACUGUAUUGCAUGCGUUUCAACAAAAGCGAUCACCUCUGGAAGUCAGGGCACACAUCGGACUAAAUCAACUCAGCCCCAAGGGCCCAGCCAGUGUUGUGCAUCCACACCAGUUCUAUGUGUAUUGUAAGGAAUGUGCUGCUCUACAACCUGGAAAACUGAGAGUGGUGUGUGAAAAAUGUCACCAAGGCAAAAUCAUCCUCCAUCAGGAACCUGGUAGCUUUGACGACGUGCUUCAACAAGGCAGAAUACAAGGAGACUGUCAGAACUGUGGACCUCAACAGAAAGCAAAGUUUUACUUUAAAUGUACCAAAGAUCACAGUGACCUUGAGGAGUUACAAGGUCAGUGUGCUGUGCUGAGACACAUUAAACCUAACAGACGCAACAAAGAGUGCAUCACCUGUACUGAUGUCCAACAUCCAGUUUUGAGUUUCCCCUGUAACAAAAAACAUCUGAUUUGCAUGGAAUGUUUUCUGUCGUACUGCGUCACACAGCUGAAUGAGCGGCGAUUUGUGGAGGAUCCGGGAGCUGGAUACAGCUUACCUUGUCCAGCUGGGUGUCCUGACUCAUUGAUUAAAGAUCCUCACCAUUUUUGUCUGCUGGGAACAGAACAGUAUGAGAGAUACAAAAGCUUUGCGGCCGAAGAGUACCUGUUACAGAAUGGGGGACUGAUGUGUCCUGCCCUGGGGUGUGGAGCAGGGUUGCUGCUGGAGGAACUGUCCCAGAAAGUCAUCUGUCCCAGCUGUAGGUUUGAAUUCUGUAGGGAGUGUCGAGACGCCUAUCAUCCUGAAGAAGAAUGUAACACACAUCACACUGCAGGGGCAUCCGGCCAGGAGGUAGAUAAUAGCCUUGAGCAGGCCAUGAGAGCUCAUAAUGAACUAGAAUCCAUGGAAACCAUUGACAAAAUCUCCAAACCAUGUCCCAAGUGUAGAGUAAAGACAGAGAGAUCAGCUGGGUGUCCUGACUCAUUGAUUAAAGAUCCUCACCAUUUUUGUCUGCUGGGAACAGAGCAGAUUAAAGUUGCAGACAUUUUGUUCCAGUAUGAGAGACACAAAGCUUUUCUGAUAUGGAAUAAUGUUGCAGACAUUUUGUUUGAGUAUCAGAGAUGCAAAAGCUUUGGGGCAGAAGAGUACCUGUUACAGAACGGGGGACUGAUGUGUCCUGCCCUGGGGUGCGGGGCAGGGUUCCUGCUGGAGAAACUGUCCCAGAAAGUGAUAUAAAGUUGUAUAAAGAGCAAUUUCACACUGUUUGAAUUCUGUAGGGAGUGUCGAGACGCCUAUCAUCCUGAAGAAGAAUGUAACACACAUCACACAGCAGGGUUGCCCCGCCAGGUGAUGACCUAUUUUGAUAUCUAACUCGUGACUGUACAUAUAACACAUUGCUGUGUAAGUUUACCUGUCUACUGUAGUGUACCGCGAAUACAACCAAUAACAGAUCAAAUCGAAAAAGUUACACGAACGCGUCUAGUGAACCAAUGACGGAUCACAUCGAAGAAGUUACACGAACGCUUUUGAGAUAUCGUACAAUAUACAUUACAUAUCCAACAACCCUCGUAGGUCUAAAUUUGUGGUACUUCACCUACAGCUGGAGAUGUCUCUAUAUGAGUGAAAAAUUCUCAACGGGACGUAAAAUAAUCAAUCAACGGUACCUGUUUCUCUCAUCAUAUACUUGCCAGUGUUUUUAAAAAAAAACUUUCUUCAGUUGAUGACAUCUCUGUUGAAAUAUAUAUUUAUAUGCAGUAGACACAAGUGGUCACGAUGUUUUGUCAACAUGAAAUAUACAAUAUGAAAGGUGAAGAUAACGAACAGUGAUCAAUCUCAUAACUCCUAUAAGCAAUACAAAACAGAGAGUUGGGCAAACACGGGCCCCUGGACACACCAGAGGUGGGAUCAGGUGCCUUGGAGGAGUAAGCAUCCCUUGUCGACCGAUCACAGCUGUCGUGUGACAUGUGACACUAUAUUUGCAUGUAACUAUGUAUUAUGUAAUCACUUCAUAUAUACAUACAGUAUUUGCAUAUAUUUUCAUACUGCCCGUUAAGGGCCCUUGAUUGGAAAACUAAAAUAUGUUGUAUGUUCUAUACAUUUACAUGCAAUAGAGGCAAGUGCUCACGAUGUUCUGUCAAAAUGAUAUAUACAUUUACAUGCAACACAGGCAAGUGCUCACUAUGUUCUGUCAAAAUGAAAUAUACAUUUACAUGCAACAGACACCAGUUUUCUCGAUGUCCUGUCGAGAUUUAAUAUACAAUGCCCUGUUCGGAGAUUGAAAGCAACAGCCACUAAGCAUCAUCCUAGGUGUUUUAUAACUUAGGACAAAAAAUAAAAAAAAGCCUACUACGCCAGUGAUGACAGCUAACGAUGACAGAUAACGAUAGCAUUGUUUCGCCGCCUACCUUAAUUCUGAUCAAUUUUUUAAAAGUUAUCAGGAUUGUUUUGUACAUAUAGAUAUUAAAAUGAAUUUUCAUAAAUUGAAGUAACUGUUGAUUUAUUUGACAAAACGAAGAGAGAUAACUGUAUGAUUUGGGUUAAAAUUGCGUAUAUCACUCCCCUGUUGAAAUACAAAGUCUUUUUUAUAUGUACAUGUAUUUGAAAUUGUCAUUUAGCAAAUGUAUGCCACAACUUUUGGUUGUUUUUUUCUUUUACAGGGGAAAUGUUUGCAAACCAAAACACAGCAAAAAUGCUAACUGAAUAUUGAAGAUAGACCAUUUUUACUCAAUUAUAUAAUUAUAUGCAAUUUAAAAAAUCUCAUUAGCUAC